UUUAAUUUGUUUAUGUUUGUGAAUAUUAGUACUAAAUAGUAAAUAAAAGUCUUCUUUAUUUUUAAAUUUUAAUUCGCAAUUGGAGAACACUAUGAUGUCUAUUGGAAAAUGCAAUCAGUGGUUCGGUUGUUUUCAAAAAACGUCUGCAAAACGCUUAAUAAAUUCCUUAUACAGUCUUUCGCCUGAUUUGAAGUAUUUAAAUCAUAGUACACAACUAAGGUGUAUGUCAAUCGAUAACAAUUCAAAGCAUACAAAUGAAACUGAUAUAAAAAAAUUGUUGGAAGAUGGGACAGUCCCAGAAGAGUCAUCUGUCGUUGGAGACACUGAAAAUUGGACGACAUCCCCAUACCCAAAAGGUUCAUAUGUACCUCACAAAAAUCAGUCUCAAGCACAGCAUGCUCUACGACCAAAUGUUGAUCCCAAGGAAACAUCAAUACUCUUGUUUCCCGGUCAAGGUACCCAGUUUGUGGGUAUGGGAAAAAAUCUGUUAGUGUUUCCUCAGGUUGUAGAGAUGUUCGAAGCAGCUAGUGAAAUACUGAAGUAUAAUCUAUUAAAACUUUGUUUGGAAGGACCAAAAUCUAAAUUGGAUCAGACCAUCUAUAGUCAGCCAGCCAUCUUUGUGUGUUCCUUAGGUGCAGUUGAGAAACUAAAAGAAGAGCAACUUAGUGCCAUUGAAAACUGUAUGGCUGUUGCUGGUUAUAGUAUUGGAGAAUUUGCUGCGCUUACAUUUGCUGGAUGUCUUUCCUUUGAACAAGCUGUCAGUUUAGUAAAAGUACGCGCUGAAGCUAUGCAUUAUGCAUCAGAAAUUGAACCGGGUGGAAUGGCUAACAUUUAUAUAAGGCCAGAUUCUAAAUUAAAUUAUGCCAUGAAAAAAGCCAAAGAUUGGUGUCUGGAUAAAGGAAUCGAAAAACCUAUUUGUUCUAUAUCAAACUAUUUGAAUCCUGAUUGUAAAGUAGUUGCUGGACAUUUAGAAGCAUUAAAAUAUUUGGAAUUAAAUUUAAAACAAUUUAAUCUUAGAAAGAUGCAAAGACUAAAUGUUUCUGGUGCAUUUCAUACGGACCUCAUGCGCCCUGCUGUUGAACCAUUUGCAGCUGCAUUGCAUAACAUAAAAAUAGCAGAACCUCUGAUAGCCGUACAUUCAAAUAUUGAUGGAAAACGUUAUCAGAACAGUGCUCAAGUUUAUAGAAAUUUACCUAAACAAAUAUAUAAACCUGUUAAGUGGGAACAAACAUUACACAUACUGUAUGAACGUCCAGUUGGGUCAAAUUUCCCUGAUACUUUUGAGUGUGGACCUGGCUCUACUCUCAGAAAUUUAUUAAAAACAGUUAAUUAUAAAGCUCAUUCUUCUUGUAGGACUAUUGAUAUUUAAUGUACUUAUUAAGUAGAUAACUUUUAAGCAUAAAUUUAUUUGUAAUACAAUUGUUAUAUAUUAUUACUAUAUUGUUAUACAUUAUUCUUUCAGUAGCUAAUAUCAUCCAUUGUGGACUGAGACUUAUAAUUAAAUAAACUACGAUUGGUAUAUAUUAA